CUCUAAUGAGUCGGAAAGAGUUUACAACACAUCUGGGUGAUCACAACAUUGUGGCUUCUAAGGUCAUCCCCUCCAAUAUGCAUAAGUGGGAUUUAAUCAAUAGGAAUUCAGUAGAUUGGAACGAUAGAACUAGCAAUCAGAUUUACAGAUCCAUGGAGAAUCCUCCUAGAAUCCGUAUUUAAGAAACAUAGACGAGUGAGAGAUAAUAUGCUCAGAUUAUCAGGAAGCCAGUUCCAAAACCCAAAUAUGCAUGAUUACGAAUAAAAUUAGUAUGACUAAUGUACCUUUGGUCCAGCAACUCGAAAGUGAGAAGCUAAGGCGAAGGAAGAAGCUUAAUCCAGUCAGAUCAUACGACUUCAGCACAGAAAGUUUACCUAAUAAAAGUCAGAGUUAUUUAUAUUAUAUGAACCGACGAAGUAGGCCUAAUAAAUGGCCAGGCUAUUCAUUAACUUAGAAAUGAUACUGGGUUAGACUCUCAACUGGUUUUCCCUAGUGAUGAUAUCACCAAUGAGACCAUUCGAAGGGAUAAUAAAAGAAGAGAAGAGAAAAUGAAUGCCCAAAAACGAUUUGAUGACUUGUAUCAAUAUCUUAACGCUAAUAAUAAGACUAAAACAGUGUCAAUGGCGAGAACUGGAAAAACUAGAAAUAUGCUUACAUUGUCUCGUAAAAAUGAGAAAUAUACAAGAAUGCAGUGCAGGCUAAAGCCAAUUCAAGAAAUUAAUGAGCCUGAGUCUGACUAUUUAAUGAACAAUAAUAAUGAUAAUAGCAAGAUUGCAAAAAAUUUCAGAAAAUUUCAGAAAAGCUCAAAAAUAUUAAAUAGAUCAUUAAAAAGGACUGAUGGUGGGAAAACUAUAGACCCAAAUUACAAAAUGAUUAGAGAUCAACGAAAACUAAACUCCUCUACUAGUAAGAAAAAUAACAUUAAGAAACAAAUUCCAGAUAAACAUGGUAGAGAACGAGUGAACCCUAAGAAGAUGGAAAACACCUUAAAGCCACCAAAGAGUCAUCAACCUUUCUUUGAUAGAGGCCCUAAGAGUCGUCAAGAGAGAUCAGAUUCAUAUUUUGUGAAAAUCCAAAAGCCUGGAGAUGAUCCCAGAAUACUUACUCCAAGCUUAAAAGAGCUGCCUCCUUCUUUGGCUAAGAGAAGGAAUGCUAUAAAGUCUGAUUUUAACAAGAUAAGUUUGAUGGGCUCAACUGUGAAGAAAGAAAACGAAAAACCAAGAAUUAUACACAGCACUCUCUUAAACCAAGACGAUAGCUUUGAUCUAAGUGAUCUUGAUCGAAGUUACCUAGAGAAUGAGUCUUUAGGAACACUUGAAAGAGAGAUACCUCAGGAUAUGACUGAGAGCAAAUUUCUAGGAGAGAUUCCUGACUCAUCUCCUCCUCAAAAGGCUCAAGAUUCAAGUAAUAAGGAGGGAUUUAGUAAUUCAAAGAGGCUUAAGAGAUUACCUAUCAUUGCAGCUCCAAAGACACAGAUAUCUAAGCCUAAAAAGUUUAACAAACAGGAGACUAAAGAUAUCCAAGAGCUUGAGAAGAACAGAAAGAAGAUCAUAAUGUUGGAUCAUCAGAAGCGGUAUGAUAACUCUGAGCCCCAUGCUUUAAGGAGACUAAGGGUUAUUCAUAAAAGCAUGGAUAAUUCUUGACAUGAUACUUUUGUUAGAAAUCCAGAAAGAAUGCUUUCAGAGAAUAUCAAAAUUUCAACGAUGGAAGAAUCGAAACUGCAUUUAACUGUAGAUGCAGAUGAAGCAGGCUCAUUUGUGUCACAAUCUUCGGCUUUGCAGAACUCUAUCGAGACGGAAGAGAUUCCAAUGAAUGAGUCAUAUAGUUCACUUAACACGAUAAUUGAGGCUAAUGAUAUCCCAUACUCUUUUAUGUCGAAGCCAACUGUCCAGCCUACGAAGUCAAAGAAAAGUAUUAAGGUUUAUCCAAAGAAGAAGACUAAUAAGCUAAAUUCGAAGGAAAAAUUUGGAGAGAAAAGUGCUAAACCUGAACGAAUAAAGAUCCAAUCAAAGAAGCUAACUCGGAAGAUAGACAAGUUUGUAAACGACAAUCAGGACAGCAAGUACCAACAUUUAUUUCAGAAGGCAUCUUCUGGGAUAUUUGAGUAGCUAUAAGCAAGAAUCUAUUAAUUUAGAAUAUUCCGCA